ACAAGUGAGGUCUCAUUGAUCGAAGCUUUCCUCGCCGCGAUGGACUGGCGAGUGAGUUUCUCGACUAUUUUUUCCGUUUUCUUCGUUUUAUUACGUCUGUCGGACUCAAAGCUUACCCCAGAGCAAUGUCGAGAGCUUGGACUGUCGUCAAAUCUACUUUGUGGGUCAUGCGAUGAAUUGAAGCAGUUUAAAAUGGACGAGAUUGUAAAGAAUUGUUGGCUUUGUUGCCACGAAGAAGGCGAUGGGCAGGACGCUUCGAAGAAAUACAGCUUUGCAACUCUUGAAGUGUGUAACUGAAAAUUGGGUAGAUUCCCUCAAAUUCAGGCUUUUGUUCGUAGUGACAGGCCUGACAAAUUCCCCAACCUGAGGGUUGAAUUUGUGAGGGGAUCGGACCCAAUUCUAAAGCUUCAUGGUGAUGAUGGUGGUAUCAAGGAGGAGUUAAGUAUUGAGAAAUGGGACACAGACAAUGUGGAAGAAUUUCUUAUGGAGAAACUAAAGAUGACUUAAAAUAUUAUAGUGAAUUGUACAGUACAUUCCUUCUACUCAAACACACACAAAAAAACUUUCUACAGGCUGAAGGAAAUCAUUGGAAAACCAAUAUUAGAUGCAACGUUCAAGGCUUUACUUGUGAUGUUACACUGGUACAUAGAUGGUUGAGCAUAAGAUGAUUUUUCAACCUUCUGGGUGGAUAUCUAUUGCACAUGCGAUAGAUGUUUAUCUACCCCUUUAAUAUUUUGUUGGAGACAGGGGCAGAUCCAGAAAUUCCAAAAAGUGGGGGCCGAAGCAAGGGUUUCAAGAAAGCUGGAGGCAGAUACAUUGUUCUUCCGUAUAUUUCCUUAUAUUUCUUGUUAUUUUUAAGCCAAAUGUCUGAAAAUAGGGGGCAGGGGCCCGCUCGACCCACCCCUAGAUCUGUCCCUGGGAAAGACCAUGGGGCAUUGAGAGGGGUGGGAAGGGGAGGGGGGAUUACAUAGCCUUCUUACUAUAGUGCUUACUUAUAAAAGGAAUCCACCUCCACCCCCUCUCUUAUCUUUCUUGAAUGCUUUUCGUGGUUUGGUUCCUUCCUUUUGGGUCACUCUUUACACAUUACAGACACUUGUUGCAAUCUAUUUCAUUUGAUUAGACUAUCGCACAGUUUAUUUAUGUUUAAUUGGUCUGGCAUGUAUUGUCAGCGGCGUAGCCAGGAUGUUUAACAGGAGGGGGCCUUAAAGGCCCUUUCAAGGCAUUUUCUCCUGUGUUUUAGAUAAUGUCUCAUACAUCUACUAUAUUUUUGGCUGCCAGAAGGGGAGACCGACCCACCUUGGCUACCCCCCUGGCUACGCCCCUGAUAGUAACCUUCUAUUUGUGGGGGUACACAUUUUUGUAUCUAGGAUUAUAACUUAAUGUUUUUUAUACAAAAAAUCCAAAGGAGUGUAAAGGAUGGGGUUGCUAGGUGAAAUGCUUGGAAUUUAAUUAGUAUGAAGGCUUAAAAGGUGAAUUCAUCUCUUCAAGAAUGAUAACUUUUUCAAAAACCUCUUGGGGGAAAAAAGUUGGAUGAAAUGAAGAGAAGGGAAACUUUCCUUAAGUCUUGUUUUGUAGUUAGAUGAAAAGGUGAUAUUUAUGGCAUGGGAUUGUUGUAAAAAGGGCAUUAAAGUUGGAAUAAACAGAGUAGAAAUCUUUA